AUCCACAAGUCUUUCUUGCAAUUGUUCUACAAAAACAGUACCAUUUUCUUCAUUUAAUUUUCCAACCCACGCUCCUUUCGAUACCAUGCGCACAUCCGUGCUUGCAGUAGUUGGUGCCUUGGUAGCCAGCGUACAGGCAAUUCAGAAAGUCACUCGGUCAGGACGAUAUUUGUACACUCAGGACGGAAAUAGAUUUUAUAUCAAGGGUGUUGCCUACCAAGAACAAGGCGCGGUAGUCGCUGACCCGAACAACCCAUUUCUCGAGCCUUCAAACUAUAUCGACCCUUUGGCAAAUGGAACGGUCUGCCAGCGUGAUUUACCUUACUUGCAACAGCUUGGUGUCAAUGCUGUCCGUGCGUAUAGCGUGAAUGCGUCCUUGAACCACGAUACUUGCAUGAAAAUGUUAAGUAAUGCGGGCAUAUAUACUAUUAUCGACCUUUCUCUACCCGUGAAUGGUUCUCUUGACCGGAACUCUCCGUCGUGGACGACGAACCUACUGGAUUUAUACAUUGAGACCAUUGACUCAUUUUCGGGUUAUGACAACGUUUUAGCUUAUAAUGUCGGAAAUGAAGUGGUCAUCGCUGCAAACGGAACUGGCGCGGCCGCGUAUGUGAAGGCUGCUGCCCGCGAUGUCAAAGCCUACCUCAAUUCUAAAAAGUCAUCUUCUCUUGUUGGAUACGCGUCUAUCGAUGGAGACGCUACGUGGCUCGACCCUCUCGCGAACUAUCUUUCUUGUGAUCCCUCUGGUUCCAACUCGGGGUCUGCUGCUAUUGAUCUAUACGGGCUUAACAAUUACCAAUGGUGUGGAAAUUCGACGUUUCAAUCAUCGUAUGCAGGCACCGAAGGCCAGUUCGCAGGCUAUAAUGUCCCCGCUUAUUUCAGUGAAUUUGGCUGCAUUACAUCGCCACCUCGCCUUUGGACGGAGGUAGGCGCACUCUACAGCUCCCAAAUGUCGGACGUUUGGUCUGGAGGCGUGGCUUUUUCUUAUUUCCCUGCUCAAAGUGCGCAAGGACAGUUUGGCAUGGUGACUAUCUCUGCAGAUGGGAGUACAGUGUUUGUCAACAACGACUUCACAAGUUUAAAGACCCAGUACGGUUCGGUCACACCACCGAACAUACCUACUCAGAGUAGCGCUGGUUCUACGGCCUACCCCUCCUGCCCUCAGCCGAAUUCUUCAUUUGUUGCUUCCAACCACUUGCCUCCCACCCCGAACUUGGCGGCUUGUCAGUGUUUACAAGAUCAUCUUAGCUGCCAAUUUACGCCGCAGACACAGAAUUACUCGGGUAUUGUUGGACCUCUACUUGACUAUGCUUGCAGUUUGGUGGGGCAAGCAGGCGGAAAUUGCCUUGCUUUAGCUGGUAAUGGCACUACGGGGUCAUACGGUCCAAUUUCAGGUUGUGAUCCAUCCGUCAUGCUGUCAUACGUUAUGAGUGAGUACUACCUGGGCACGAACCUGAAUCCCCAAUCAUGCAGCUUUGCGGGUAACGGGACUAUUAACCACAAUGCGCCAUCGAGUGCAAGCGCUGCAAAUGCGGCUGCAUCCUCGUGCCUUUCCAGUGCUACGGGUACUUUCACACCACAAGCUCCAAGUAGUGGUGGUUCUUCUGGAGGGUCUUCUAAGGGCUCAGGGUCCUCAAACGGUGCUUCCGUCGCCUCGAGUGAUGCGAAGGCGGUAUAUUAUGUAGGCGUAAUGCUUGCUGUCGGGUUUGCGAGCGGGAUGUGGACUCUUACUUGAAUGGCAGACGCUUUUGUGGUUUUGGAGAAUCGGACCAUCGUAUUUAUUAUUCCAGAUUGGACAUGGGCUCAAAGUUCACACUGACUUUCGUUUUGUACGACAUUCUUCGGAUUUUACUAUGACUUAGUUACAUUAUCUACCAUUGGUUUGAUGAGUAAAUACAUUACAGUUCGGCGGUC